ACAACUAGUCAAUCUUUAGCCGGCCGCGGCGUCCCCUCGCAACAUCCACUACUAGCUUCCGUUCAAAUAUUCAUUUAAAUCAACCACUCUCUCACGCCCACUCUGCAGAUUUCGUUUCCAUGGCUUCCUCGUUUCAGUUCCUUCUUCUUGGUUCCUCCUUUUUGUACCUUACCUUCGUAUCUCUAGCUCAGACUUUUCACUCCCCGAACGCCCUGGGCUUCUCCAUCACUAAAGAUGUCAAUACCCUCCAGUACGUGACCACAAUUCUUCAUGGCACUCCUCUUGUUCCCAUCAAGCUUGUGGUUGAUCUCGGCGGCCCAUUCCUGUGGACAGAUUGUGCCUCCAGAUACGCAUCUUCUUCUAGCCGUCCGGUCCCUAAUCGCUCGAUCAAGUGCUUAACCGCAAAAGCCCAUGUUGUUGGGAGUAAGAAUUGCCUCUCUGGUGCCCAAAAGUGUGAGAUUUUCCCAGAAAACAGGAUCACACGACUGGGCGCACGAGGAGAACUGGUAGAAGGCACCAUAGCCAUCCAAUCUGGAGAUGAUUCAAAGGCCGCAGGCCCGACCGCCACCGUCUUCCAGCAAUUCCUCUUCUCCUGUGCGCCCACGUUCUUACUGAAUGGCGUAGCUAGCGGUGCCCAGGGAAUGUUAGGACUCGGAAGGACUCGUAUUUCUCUGCCGUCACAAAUCUCCUCGGCCUUAGGCACUCACCGGAAAUUCACCAUCUGCUUAUCAUCAUCGGAGGGCAUCAUGGUAUCCGACCAAGGGCCUGAUCAUCAUGGGUCUAUUUUUGGCCCCGAAAUCUCAAGGUCGCUAACGUACACACCCCUUGUCACUAACCAAGGUGAUAAUAUGUUAUCAGAAUACUUUGUUGGCAUCAAAUCUAUCAGCAUAGAAGGCAAGAGGCUAUCACUAAAUGCAUCGCUGCUAUCAUUGGAUGGAGAGGGCGUUGGAGGGACCAAACUAAGCACUAUUGUCCCCUGCACCACAAUGGAGAGCACAAUAUAUGCCACAUUCAUCGAAGCAUAUAUCAAGGCUGCGUCUUCCAUGAACAUGACUAGGGUGGCAUCUGUGGCGCCUUUUACGCUUUGCUUCAGCUCGAAGGGAAUCGAGGGCGGGCAGUCGGGGCCAAAAGUGCCAGUUAUAGAUUUGGUGCUGCAGAGUGAGAUGGUGAAGUGGAGGAUUUUGGGUGGAAAUUCUAUGGUCCGGGUGAACAAUGAAGUGAUGUGCUUGGGAUUUUUGGAUGGAGGUUUGAACCCAAGGACUUCGAUUGCGUUGGGGGGAUAUCAGUUGGAGGAUACUUUGUUGCAGUUUGAUUUGGGUAGUUCCAUGUUAGGAUUUAGCCAGUCUCUGUCGAUGAUGCAAGGUUCUUGUAAUUCCGUCUUCAAAUUUGACUCCAGGCCUAUAGAUCAGUCGUUGUAAAUGAUUUUCUCUGUCUUCCAAUCUCUUCCAAUAUGGGCUUGGUAGAAUUCUUCUCCAAACCCACUAAUUUUUCUUGUAUUAAUGCGAGCAAACAAAAUAUAUAAUGCUUUAGGUUGUUCUUGAUGGACCAAUUUGAAUUAAGUUAUAUUCUUAGAAAAGUUAUAUUGAUUACAAAAUUAGGAAACUUGUAUCGAUAAGAUUUUCCAA